AUGGCCGACUCCCAGAUCCCGCAGACCCGGCGCACUGCCCCCACCGUCCUCUCGGCGGCCGAUCUCAUCGGCAACACGCCGCUCGUCAGGCUCAACAAGGUGCCGCAGAGCCUGGGCAUCGAGUGCGAGGUCUACGCAAAGACGGAGCUGUUCAACGCUGGCGGCAGUGUCAAGGACCGGAUCGCCCUGCGCAUGAUCGAGGAGGCCGAGAAGAGCGGCAGGAUCAAGCCGGGCGACACGCUGAUCGAGCCGACGAGCGGAAACACUGGUAUCGGCCUCGCCCUGGUUGGCGCCAUCAAGGGCUACAAGACCAUCAUCACCAUGCCGGAGAAGAUGUCCGCCGAAAAGGUCUCGGUGCUGCGAGCCCUCGGCGCCACCAUCAUCCGCACGCCCACCCAGGCCGCCUGGGACAGCCCCGAGUCUCACAUUGGCGUUGCCCGCCGUCUCGAGAAGGAGAUCCCCAACGCCCACAUCCUCGACCAGUACAGCAACCCUGCCAACCCGGAAGCCCACGAGUUCGGCACCGCCGAGGAGAUCUGGGAGCAGACCGGCGGCAAGGUGGCGGCUGUCGUCGCGGGCGCGGGAACUGGCGGCACCAUCACGGGUAUUGCCAAGGGGCUGAGGAAGCACAACAAGGACAUCAAGAUCAUUGCUGCCGACCCCCACGGCAGUAUCCUGGCCCUGCCCGAGUCGCUCAACGAGGAGCACAUGAACGAGGGAUACAAGGUGGAGGGCAUCGGCUACGACUUCAUCCCUGAGGUCCUUGAUCGCGAACUUGUGGACAAGUGGUACAAGACCGACGACCAGCAGUCUUUCUACCUUGCCAGGAGACUGAUUGCUGAGGAGGGCCUCCUUGUGGGCGGCAGCUCCGGCUCUGCCAUGGCCGCGAUGCUCUUGGCUGUGCGAGACUUUGGCUUCAAGAAGGGCGACGUCGUGGUGGUUGUCCUACCCGACAGUAUCCGCAGCUACCUGUCCAAGUUUGCCGACGACGACUGGCUGGCUGCCAACGGACUGCUACCCGCAGUUAGCGAUUCGACACCCCAGACUGGCAACAAGACCGCCUCUGACCCUUACCACGGCGCCACCGUUGCGUCUCUCCGCCUCAAGCCCGUCACGUCGGUUGCGGCUUCGGCUUCUUGCUCCGAGGCCAUCGAGACCAUGCGCGACAAGGGCUUCGAUCAGCUGCCUGUCCUUUCCGACUCCAGCAAGCUGGUCGGCCUCGUCACCCUGGGCAACCUCCUGAGCUACAUCUCGAGCGGGCGCGCCACGGCACAGUCCCAGGUCAAGGACGUCAUGUUCGACUUUGCCCGACUGGACGAGGUCGUCACGGACCCGCGCAAGCUGACGAGCGGUACCAAGGCGGGCAGCAAGCGCAAGUUUGUCGAGAUCACCAUGGAGACGCCGCUGUCCGCCCUCAGCAAGUUCCUCGAGUGGAACAGCGCUGCCGUCGUCACGGAUGGCAAGGGCGAUUCCAAGUCCUUGUCCAAGCCCAUUGCUGUCGUGACCAAGGUUGACCUGCUCACCUGGAUGGUGAACCAGAAGCUGUAA